UGCGCGAAGUUUACAUUUCAAUGGCAUGCGCAGGAAGCUGAUGUUGUUAGGCAAUAAUGUUGUGAUUGAUAAGUUCUCGACGAAGUGGUGUUAAUUGAAUCCUUGUAUGAACUUCAAAUGGCAUUUUAAGUUUUUUGUCUUUCAUCAUAAUGACGCAAAAUACUCCAGAUUAUUUCCCAGCAUGUUGGUCAGACGACGAGCGAAUGGGCGCUCUAUUCUCAGUGGUUAGGUCCUCUUCAACCAAUCCGGCAGACUACCCAGCCAAAGUUAAAUUUUGGACAGAGCUAAUCUUGCUGACGUGUUCUCGUACACAUAUGUUUAUUUGGGACUACACUGCAUUAUGCGAGACAUUCAAAAGAAAAAAUGCAGCUCCACAAUGUCUGACGGCUGUUAUACAAGAAAUGCUAAGGUCUGGUGCUGUUCAAAGACUUGAUGAUUUCAAAAGGGAGCAGCGUGAUUCACAAGGCUGGCUGUCAUGGAGUUUUCAGGCCCUCGUUAAGAAACCAGCAGUCUUCGCACGUGACCUGGUAUGGCCUGUCGGUGAGAACUCCAAGAGCUUGCAGAUGGAUAGAUUUGUGGCAGUAGGUUUAGUCAAGUCCACGGCAGAGGAGGUAUUUAAUAGGCAUCAACUGUCAGUUACGAAUGACACCACUGACCAUUUAGUGCCUAUUUCCGUGCUCAGUGACCAGGUCAAAGACUUGUGUCCCACUGAAGAAGUGUUUGACUUGAUACUCACACAGUUAAAGAGAAAUAAGCAAAUCGUUGAGCUGCAGUUGUCAGAAAAAGAGAAGAUUGCCAAGUUUGCAAAACCCGAGCAAACGGAAACCUUAGAUAUCACUGAGACUGAUGUUGGGAUAUUUCGGUUGCAGAAAACGAUGGAAGAUCUUGAAUCCCGUGUAAAGAAGCUUAGUGAGGAUAGCGAGAAGUGCAUGGCAGAUGCACGGCUCUGCAUUCAAAAGGGACUAAAAAACUCGGCGUUGAGUGCUCUCCGGAGGAGGAAGGCGGUGGAGAGGCUGCUCGAGAAGAACGAAGCCGCUCUCAACAACGUCCACUCGCUGCUGCUGAGGCUUCACGAGGCAAACUCCGACGCGAUGGUGUAUGAUGCUUACAAAGUAGGUGUUGCUGCUAUCAAGAAGACGUUUGCCGAUGGAGGGCUCACCCCAGACAGUGUAAACACAACCAUGGAUGAGAUGGCUGAGGUGCUGGAGUCUCACGGCGACAUUCAGCAGUCUCUUGCUCAGGGUUUCGCCGACGUCAGCGCGUCCGACGCCGACCUUGACCGGGAGCUGGACGAGCUCCUGUCCGAAGGUCAUCAGUACGACCCGACCUUGACCUGCACCGAUGACGUGACGGCGGCCAUGAUGGGUCUCGGCAUCGACGACAAAGGAGAUCUUCCUGAAGCACCCAGCGAUCGGCCGACACGGGUUAUAGCGAAACCCGCGCAGCAGCGGCAACGGGAGACAGCGACGUGAUGACGUCAUGUGUUUGCCACCCACGCGCCAAUUAUUAGUGACAUCAAAGGAGCGGACGAGAUAGCGGACGAGGAGAAGGAAUUGCUACCGGGUAGCAGAUUAGUUUUGUAAAUAAAUAUGUUAUAUAUA